CUCCUAUAAAUCCCCCUCCAUCGAAGGCGUGUGUCCUCCACAAGUCUCCUUUUUCUUAUCAUUAUCAUAUUAUAUAUUCUAUUAUUUAUCUUUGCUUUUUUGGCUCUCUUUUUUUUCAAUAAUGGCGUUGUCAAUUCAUGUCAAUGGCGGUACCGAGCAAAAGCAGUUUCAAGAACCUGUUGAAAACCCCGAGUUCGAUUACUCGCAAAGAGGACAAUGGCUUCGAGCUGCUGUUUUGGGAGCCAACGAUGGGUUAGUUUCAGUAUCGUCACUGUUAAUGGGUGUUGGUUCAGUUAAACAAGACGUUAAAGCCAUGGUUCUCGCCGGUUUCGCCGGCUUGGUAGCCGGAGCUUGUAGCAUGGCCAUCGGAGAGUUCGUCUCGGUAUACACCCAAAGGGAUGUCGAGAUGGCUCAAAUGAAAAGAGGCGGAGAAAAGAGAUCACCGGUGGUUGAUGAAAAUGACCGGAAAAUGGAGAAGAAGGAGCGGUUGCCGAGUCCGGGAGUAGCCGCCGGAGCAUCAGCGUUGGCUUUCUCGGUUGGUGCGGUGCUUCCGUUGUUGGCGGCAGCUUUUAUAAGGGACCAUAAGGUGAGGAUGGCGGUGGUGGUUGUGGUGGCUAGUGUGGCGUUGAUGGUGUUUGGGGUGGUGGGGGCCUUGCUUGGGGGAGCUCCGGUGGCGAAAUCCGGUGGUAGGGUGCUUGUGGGAGGAUGGAUUGCUAUGGGUAUUACUUUUGGGCUUACUAAGUUGAUUAGCUUAAAUGGGAUGUAAAUUUGAAUAAUUUGCUUAAUUUCCCCUUAGCUUUGUUAUUUUACUAUUCCCAUGCAAGGUAAAUAGUUUGUGAAAUUAUAAUCUUUUAGUGUUUUCAAUCCAAAAGUUUGUCAUAUUAGUCUGCAAAAGUGUUAUGGAGGUUAUCUGUAUUAAGAGUUAAA